ACGAAGUCGCAAAAGUGUGAAAAUACUCGUACUACUUCGCAACGGUGGAAAUAUCGUCCGUUGGAAAAUUGAGAAAAGUGAUGAAUGUUCGCGCAUUUCAUCGCUGAGUUAUAAUUCAUUGUGUUCACAAUGAUGGAACUGCUGGACUCGGGUAGAUAUAGUGAAAGUUUUCAUGAGAUUUUCGUUAAAAAUCUCGCAAACAGGAAAAAUAAGGAUGAUAAAAUUAAGCGUAAGGAACGUAACAUUCAGGUAACUGUGGAAGGCGAAUCGCUAUUAUCAUGGAUCGAGGUAGCUCCCAAUGCGUCCAAAUUUGCCAUCUACAAUGCAAUUCGCUCGAUUGUCCUGGAGGUUGAGACCAAGAAUUGCAGGACCAACCCUUUGGGGGGACCUUCAAGUAAGCUGGUAAAAUCGUUUUGCUACCAUCAGAACGCGGGAAAUGAUAAUGAUCAGAACUGCCUCUCGUGCAAGGAGAAAUCCAAGGAUGUUGGAUCGUUUAAAGAUGCAGACAUUCCGGAGUUUGAUUUCGAGGAUAACUUUGAACCCGAAGAGCUGCAGACAUGUAACGUUCCGAAGAUCGUUGGUGCGGGACUGGAAAGUUUGUUCGAAAUCAUAUCAGAAACUCGCACGGAACAUCCCAGAAUAUGCACAAAGGCACUGAAGUCACUCUAUGAUAUUAUACAAGGUCAAGAUCCAGAAAGUUUCCGGAACGAACCGGACAAGCUGUUCAACUCACUGUAUGACAUUUUACUCGAAAUCGCCACUAUGCACAGUCAAUCACCAGCCAAUGCAAGCCUUCACCAGAAAGACACAAACUGGUCUUCGAUCAGUUGUUCCACCCUGUUGGCACUCUGCAUCGCCAAGGGGGACACAGGCAAGCUGCUAAAAGCCGUCACGUCAAUUCUAAUGUCACCGAAAAUUCUCUCCGGCCAGUUGAUUCAACUGCCGCAAAGCAUAAUCAAACUGCAACGCAGCGUUCACUCGGUAGCACUCGGAAAGCUGAAUAUUCCUGAUUACUACGCAUAUGGAAUCUCCAAAAAUAGUCUCAUAGAUUAUUUCACCAUCAAGGAUUACAUGUUUGUAGAAAAAGUGUUUGUCCCCAACUGUAUUGCUUCUGAUGGGCGAUACAUUUAUAUUCUGAUUUCAAAAUCGCUGGUAAAGAUUGGCUCCGGAUUCAAUGGGACUGUGCCGGGAUUCAUAUACGGCAUUGCAAAAGAUUUCGGUAAAGAUCGAAACGAGUGGAUCGGAUACUGUAACAAUAAAUUAUUCUACAAGAAAUUGUCGAAGCGGAACAUGGAUAACCUGCUAAUAGUCGACACGGAAACCCUGCAGAUAACUGGUUCCAUUCAAACUCAAGCAUCCAUCUCGGUAAAGGAUGGCAACAAUUGCCUACUAUUCACCGAUGGCGAAUCAAUAUGCUGCAUCUGUACUUCUUCAGGAAGCGACAAUCUAUUGGUUAAGCAGUUAUACUCGAAAAAUUCCUUCGCAUUCGAUCUCAAUCUCAAGCUUGCGAGGAACGGUUUCCAUACACUGGGAUACUCGAUUUUUGAAGAGGAAAUACUUAGCGAAAACCAACUGAAGAAAAUACAGAACUCGAGCAACGGUUUCCUACCAGCCAUGCCCAAUGAAGUUAACCUCAGUGGUAUAUCGUGUGGAAAGGAGUUUGGUUUGGUGCUGGGGAGUAAUGGAAAAGUAUUCUAUUAUGGCAAGGGCGGCAGUCUAGGGCUAAAAGCUGUCGGGAAGAAUCCCAGCCUGAAGCUAAACGAGAUAGUGAUUUCGAAAACAACCAACUUCACUCAGGUUGCCGUCGGACACGAUGGCAUCCAUGCAUUGAUGUUGAACGAGGAUGGAACUGUUUUCUUUGCUGGCACUGCUCGUAGAGGCGAAGAUGGAGAACAAUCUAAAAAUCGCCGCCAGCUCAAAGCCGUUAAGCCAAAGAAAGUCAGUAAAAUUGAUGGAUAUUUCAUUACCAACGUGUCCUGCAAUAAUGGAACCUCAGCCUUUGUGACCAAAGACGGAAAGCUGAUCAUGUUUGGUAAAGAUACCAACUACUGCGAUUCCGCAGGAAUUGUUACCGGUCUCAAUGAGGUGCAAAUAGUUAAGGUGGGAUUGGGCAAGGCGCAUUGUGUAGCUCUCGAUGCCAAAGGUCAACUCUAUACGUUUGGACUGAACAAUAAGGGCCAGUGUGGAAGGAAGUUUACUAAAGAUCGCAGUGACGAUACAUUUGACCCUAAACCAAAACUGCCCACCUUCAAACCAAUGUGUCCGAUCGAUGAACACAACAUUAUCGACGGCAAAUGCCGGAUUUGUAAUGUGUGCCGCGAAUGUACCGGUUAUAAUACUGCUUGCGUGUCAACGAAAAAAACCUUCGUUAAUGAACGUGUCCCAGGAACACCCUGUGCAUGUGGCCACGGAAGCGCUGGUUGCUCCAAAUGUGGCAGUUGCAGUACGUGUGUUGCUUCUCAAGAAAAUGGUUCUCUGCCAUUUGAAAACAAUGCUGAUGUUCAGUCCAAUGCCGAAAAGGUAAAGGAAAUCUUGCAACGAAGGUACGAAAAUCUCAGACAUGGAGAAGAAGGAAGUCAAUUCUCCGAUACCGACACACCUCGUGUGAUUCCGGUUCCUCCCCAGAGAGUCGAACUACCAACGAAAAGCCCUAUUGUCCAAAUAAGUUGUGGACUACAUCAUACCGUGGUAUUGACGCUAUCCGGCGAGGUAUUUACAUUCGGUAGUAACCAAUUUGGGCAGCUAGGAACAGGUGACUUGCAGCCCAUUUCUGGAGCUCAUCUUGUUAAAAUACCACACAUGGUUAGUCAAGUAGCAGCCGGUAGUAAUCAUACGGUUAUUUUAACGACAAAAGGCAUUGUGUACACAUUCGGAAAUUAUCAAAAGGGGCAACUUGGUAGGCUACCAGGGGAAACCAACUUGACCAGCGGAAUGGAUAUUUACGGUGGCUCAAACAGCACUCAAUCCGGCAGACCCGAACAAACAAAUGAGAAGUCAUCCGUAACAGAUAUUCUUCUUCAAAGACAAAAAUUUUUAUGGAACUGCUCUCCGGGAGCUGUUGCAGGAAUCGGUCCAUCAACGGGCAAGAAAGCCUCCUGGAUCGGAGCUAGUGGUGAUCAGACCUUUAUCAAGAUUGACGAAUCGCUUGUCAAUGCGUCGAUGCUGUCGAAAUUUAGUGUUGUCGCCGAUGAAAACACUAUUCUCCUUAUUCCGAACAGCCAAAAUCAACUGAACUGUAUUGCUAUCAAUAGGCGUAAUGGAAAUUGUAAAGCGCACAACGCAAAUCAGUUUGACUUUAGGGCUGUUACUGAUAAAAUGGACGAAAAGGACAAUUUCGGUGGAAGAAAAAGAGUGAAAGUCCAACAACACCAGCAUCAGCAGCAACAACAACAACAACAACAACAACAGCAACCGUAUCACAACGUAGAUGGAAUUCUGGAAAACCAAGAACUACCGGAUUCUGACAUGUGCUAUGAUUCAAAGUACUCCAUAGAUGCUAACAAGCAUCCAAACGUUAGCUUUGCCUUUGCGAUGGAUCCUAGCUUCGGUGUGCUGUGGGGAUUCGACAGUGUUUCGAAGACCAUGAUGUUUUUCAACGUGAUUGCGUCGGAAAUUUCACCUUGUUCUGAGAAUGCCAAGGAUUUGGUCGCCAUUUUGACUCCAGAAAUAGCCCUUCCCAAGCAGUCGGAACAUGAAGUUACCCGGUACCAGGCAUCGCUCAACAUUCUUGCUACAUUGGAUAUUCUAACUACAAAUCAGAAAAUUCUCAAAAAGUGCUUUGUGCCUUCUGAGAUUGGGCUCAAGAUAAGUGUGGACGGCAAAGAAAAUUGCGAAUACAACACAAUUUGUCGGUUUGAGAACUUUGGAGGAGGAUGGGGCUAUUCGAGCUACAGUGUCGAAGCUGUUCGUUUUAUGUGUGACACAGAUGUUAUCAUAGCUGGUUUCGGCAUGUAUGGAGGACGUGGUGAGUAUACCUGCAAGCUGAAACUGUUCGACCAAGGAUACGACGGUGGUGCCAAUGAAAAAGACGGCAUACUGAUAUCAGAAGUGGAAGAAGUUCCCUUUGAAUGUCCAUCCAAAUGCAAAUUCAACAUUACUCUCCCCAGUCCGGUAACGAUUAGCGCCAAACGGUGGUACUUGGUGUUGGCCAAAAUCUCCGGCCCAUCUUCGGAUUGUGGUUCUUCGGGACAGUCAACUGUUACCACUUCUGACAACGUGGUGUUUCACUUUAAAACGUCGAAAAAGGCCAACAAUGGAACGACAGUCAAUUCCGGACAAAUUCCAUCCAUCCUGUAUCGAAUGAUUUCGCAGAACAGUAAAGCCGUUUUCCCCUCAGUCUCAGCCGAUCCGGUCUGCAAGCUAUCGAAAGUAUUCGCUAAUACACUGACCAAGGAUUGCUUCGAGAGCUUGGUGAUGCUGUUGAACUGGUCCUGGAGUUCUUUCAAAGUGUCGACUACGGAUUUGCUGGAAACGCGAAAAACUAAUCAAAACGUCAUCUCACUCAACCGAUUGGUAUACAUUUGCAAAGCAAGCCUAAGACUCCUUCGUAAAUAUAUCAACGAAAUUUAUCCAUAUAAAGGAUUCAACAAUGGAGAAAAACCGUCGAACAAAGCAAAAGUCAAUACCAGCAGACCUGAUUCUAAGUUGGAAAAAUCACCUAAGAACAAAGCGUACGAUGGAAAUGGUUUACUAUCAUCUGUAGACAGCAAGUCCGAUAUGCUCAAAGUCAACGACAUCAAUAUAAUGGAAAUCAACACUCCGAUGUCGAAUAAGAAGAUAGCAUCUGAAAGCAUUCAAUUGGCUGAAUGCAUUGGUGACGUGCGUGCCCUGCUAACUCAGAUCCUGUGUGAUGAAUUGCCCUAUCAGUCUGGCAAUGACAUUUGCACCAUGAUAUUGGACGUUCUGGAUGAAUGUCACACAACAUUCGUCAGCUGCUUCAAUGCAUUCUAUCCUACGUCUUUUCUCAAGUGGAACUGCAUCUGCAAUCUUCUGGCCCAAAUCGAUAAGGGUAUCUUGCAUUCUCGUCUGCUGAGUGGCGUGCUGGCUGGACUGUGCGAUCCAAACAUCAACUUGCGAUCAACUUUCUCAGUGCUGUCGCCGAAUGUGGAAUAUAAAUCACUCAUAAGUCCCAGUGACAAUCUGGGAUUCCCGAUGCUAGUGAGCUCGGAAAACUAUCAAUAUCCCAUCCUGGUGGAGCAGAUGUUGUAUCGGACACAGAAGGAGAAAACUAUAACUUGCAAUUCCUGGACUUUCAAGGAUGUACUAAGUCGCUUGCUGGACAUCAUCUCCAAACCCAUACGAUUGAAGAUUGAAAACAUUUAUAAUAAUCAUGGGAUCGAUAUCUACAACGGAGAUGCAAUGAAACGGCGUUUGAACAAUAACCUGAUCACAAAUUCUUGCCGUUUGUUGUCCAAGGUGCUAGCUGAAAUUAUUUACCAAAAUUGCACAAUUGAUACUGAAACGGCGAUUGUGCCAUCAAAUGUUCUGCAUUCAAGCGGAAACCGCUUCGCUAAGGUAGACGUUAGCAAAACAUGGAAUACUGGAAACUUUGGUCCGGAUGCGAUCGCAUUCACUGUCGAUCGACCAGGAAUAUCGAUUGCUGGAGCCUGUGUUUAUUCCGGAUCCGGGAGCUACGAAUACCAGCUGGAAUUGUUGUACGAUAGCAUGGAAUCGAAAAGCCAACUUCAGCACAAAUGGGAAGUAAUCGAGUCGGUCGUUGGGGCUUACGAGCAGAGUAUGGUUAAGAAUUUCAUGACUGAAAUCAAGUUUGAUCGCGCAAUCAGUGUCAAGGAAAACGUCCGGUAUGCAUUACGUCUUUGCUCGCAAGGUGCCCGGACGUGCUCCGGCGAUGGAGGAUUCGCAGCGAUCCGCGGUCCGUGCGGUGCCACGUUCAAAUUUUAUCCUUGUGAUUUAAGUUUCAACGGAACCACUCCGGCUAGAGGGCAAAUUCCCUGUAUCCUGUAUUAUAGUAUUCCGUCGAUCAAUGAUAGCUACGCCGGGAAGUACAGCAAGGAAUCACAUGCACGAGACAUUGCACUGCAGAUAUCGACGGACGUCACGGCUAGAUGCAAAGACCUUUUGAUUCAUGCUAGAAAUGCAAUCGCGUUUUCGUCAACUUCCAGUGAUAAAAGCUCAAAUUCGUCUCACAACACCCACACAGUGGAUUCAGAGCAUAACAUCACUCCCAUCGAGGAACAUCUGGACAUUGCCUGGAUUAACAAUUCAGAUAUUGCAAACGUGAAUAAUGUGACAAGCAGCAGUUUCGAUCAUAAUAACUCGUCCACUGCGAAAGAUAUCACAAAACGCAUUGAAAACUUUUCAAAAGGAAUCAUAGAAACGUUGAAAUUUGACAAAAAAUCAAGGAACUCCAUCGAUUUUGACAUAGAAAUCGAUAUAGGCGCAGAAGAAAUUACACCGAACGAUUACAUCGAUGAUCGAAACAACAAACUAGACUCAAUAUCGAACGGAAACACUUCCGGUUUGGGAAUGCAUAGCAAAGCCGAUAAUUUUUCAAUACUCAACGAUGCUGGAAGCGAUGCGGAAGAGUUCAACCAUCAGUUAAAUCAAGAACGCAUCAUUCAGCUGUUCUCGGCAGAAGAUUCUUGCCUGUUCACAAUGCUACUGCCAUUAACAUUUGCUCACAUCGGACCGCUUGUCUGCAGCAACCUGAAAAGCUCAGUUGAAGUGUUGGGUCUCAUUCGUGCGAUUCUGCCACAUGUCUCUGCACUGAAUCAGAUAAAUAAUUUCAAAUUGUACGAUCUUGGCAAACCGGACAUGGGUGAAGUAAUUCGCAAAAGCAUGAGCACCGAUCAGAACGAUUUAUGCACAACUAGUCACUACUAUUGCAUUGUUGAAAGCGACCAUCCAUAUAAAUCGAGCACAGUGGCAAAUUAUCGUGUAGAGUUCCCACCAAACGUCCGCUGGAUGACGAUUGAGUUUGAUCCUCAGUGUGGAACAGUACAGCCGGAGGAUUACGUGUUCGUGAAAAUUCCUCAAGAUCCGGAGAAGAGUAAAAAUGAUGCAGCCUUUAUAAAUGAUAACUAUGCAUCAACAAUCAGCAGUCGCAAGAGUAAGGAGGUUAAGUUGGAAAGUACUGUAAAAUUAGGAAGCACGGCUAAGGAGGAUCAUUCGGAAAUUGAUUGGAUAAAUGUGAAAAAAUUCAACACCUCCCAAAAUUGGUCGAACAAUGCAAUAGUACUACCAGGCAAUAAACUGGAAAUAUCCCUAGAAACUGCGUCAACAUACAUCCGAGAGCAAAAGGGGAACAAAUAUGGCUUCAAGUGUUUUAUAAUCGGAUAUGACAAUAAAAAUCUGAUGAAGUAUCCCAGCACGUCGUUGAUACAUUUAGAAUAUGAAUUGUCUUAUUUGGGUGGCCUGUGCAGUGCAAAUCUGCUGAAAAAGGAUCUUGUGUUUUCCGAUGACAUCACCGAUAAUAUGUCCAAUGUCGAGGAUACCCUAAAGAAGCACACCGCAUUGCUAUCAAAAGGGCUGAUGGUUGCCGACUCCGUUUUGACUAUAAACAACGCGUUAGAGGCCAAUUUGCCGAUCACCGAACAAAGCUAUGAGAAGCAAUUCCUAAAGGAUUUCAUCUAUGUCGCAGCCGGAUCACCCGGGGCUCGUCUGGCUGCAUGGCUUCAGCCAGAAUCGCGUUUGGAUCCGAACAAAUGCGAAAUAAAAAUGUCACAAGAGCCGUUACGUUGCGGAUGGCCUUCCCACUUCAUAAUCGAAACACGCGACCAAUAUGGAGAUGAAAUUUUCGUACCAGGAAUCAAGAUUGAAGUGAAAGCAUCUCUCGGUAGCAAUCUCAUUUCGGAAAGCAAUCGUAAAUUGCACAUGAAAUCACGUAAUGAUUCGCUUUAUUUGGGAGGUGUCGCCUUGCCGCCGAAGAUCAGCUACGAAUGCACCUUCAAGGAAAAGGAGAAAAGUUGCCUAAAGGCAAUUACCGCAAUGAAACCCUAUCAGCCGUAUUCGUUUGAAGAGUUGCGCUAUUGCAAUACGAUCCAGAGUAAAACAACUGAGAUGCUAACCGCAAACGAUUUGGGGAACAACACCUACGGCGUAUUCUGGACGCCAAGUGUGCCUGGAAACUACAGCUUAACGAUAACGAUCGAUGGCGUCUGUGUGGAAGAAAUUUAUCGGGUAGAUGUGAUUGAUGCUGGUUUGCCACCGCUAUCGCAGGAGACUACACUGAAAAAAGUUCAACCUCCUACUAAGCUACGCAAAUUUAUUGCGAAAAAUUCCGCUGGUUUACGGGUCAGGCUGCACCCUACUCUUCAGUCGGAUCAGAUUGGAAUCGUUAAGCUGAAUGGUAUUGUCUCCUAUAUUGAUGAGAUGGAAAACGACGAUGGAUUAUGGGUGCGCUUAUCGACCGAGUCGAUUCGCGAGCACUGUACUUCCAGUUGGUUCCCAACGGAGGCUUGGUGCUUGCAGUACAAUCAACAUCUAGGAAAGACGCUCUUGCAUCCGAUUCUGGAGUCGAGCUCAACCAAAGCUUUGAUGGAACAGGUAGAUCAAAGCAGUCCCACAACUUCUGAUGCUAACGAAGAAAAUGAGAACACUAUUGAUUAUUUUGAUUUUAUGAAGACGGAUCGUCCCACCGAUGAGGGAUCGUCUGCUAAUGAUGAGGAGCCAGCAGCAGUCAAAAUGCUUCAAAUUACGGACGCAACGGAAGAUAGCUCCGCAAGUGCAACGAAUAUCAACAUUGCAAACUUGAAUCAAACCAAUAUCGGGGCAGCUAUUGCGGGAGUGGUCGGUGGAGGCGCCAAGAAGAUGCAGGCUCUUCAAAAGUGGCUCAAAGGAGAUAGUUUCGAUGAGAAUGAAUCUCCUAGGAAACGUAAAAGUGAAAGUGGCGACAUGAGAGGCAAUGGAAAUAGGUCCUUCGAUCGCAGUAGGAGCGUCAGUCCGGAGAUAUUCUCAUUGCGUCGAUGUGACUCUACCAGUAGUACCAAAUCAGAUGUUUCUAAAAACAUACCACCCAAAACUCCACUUAGACCAAAUGAAAAUACAGAUGACCGUAAAUCGACGGAAAAUUUAGCGACACCCGAUCCUGGAUUUUCCACAGGCAUCCCUUUCAAUAACAAAUCGCUGAAAAUCGAAUCCAAAGAGUUGCCCAAACGAGCCCUUUCUCCGUCGAUUGCGGAAACACUUCGUGCCGUUUUCUCCGCUUUUCUGUGGCACGAGGGUUUGGUCCAUGACGCCAUGGCGUGUGCAUCGUUCCUAAAAUUCCACCCUAGUAUUUCCAAGAAGGAAAGUGAAAAUAUGCCUGUUGGGAAUCCUCACGAACACUUGCUUACCAGAGAGCAAAAGGUUCUGCAGAGACAUUCAGUGGAGAUAUCGAAUGCGGGAUCUUAUUUGAAUAUACGCCCAUCUACACUGGAAACGCUAGCAAAAAUUGGAAACUGUUGUGUUCAUAAUCGAAAACUGCGCAAUCGAAAUGCGGAUAUCUUCUCAUCGAAGGACGGCGAGCAUCCUCAACCAAGUGCUUUACCACCAGCGCUCCGUUGUCUCGUCUAUGUCUGGGACCAGCUGUGUUGCAAUUUUAUACAUUUGGUGGAAACUAAUUCAAAUGAUAAGGAAAACGAUUUUAGUUCCCUCAAGUCAAACAAAUCCGGUGAGGAGAAAUCCUCCAAUGCAACGAAAUGCCCUGCGCAGAAAAAAGUAGAAGACGGUUGUUGGUGUGAGCUUUGCGAUGUAUUUCUGCCCAUCCCUGUGACGUAUCAUAUGCGAAUCGUUCAUCCUGGUUGUGGAAAGUAUGCCAAGGGGAAGGGGUACAACUCCAUCGGCGUGUACUGUGAAGGGUGGGCUGGAAACUGCGGAGAUGGUGGUCAGGGUGUUUCCAGUUGGUAUCUGAUGUGUGAAAAGUGCAAACAAAAGUAUGUGAAUUCAGCUAAAGUUUCCAAUAACGUUAACUACAACGGAGUUAAUCCGAUUGGUAAUAAAACAGAAGGAGGCUCAAACGUUUUGUUGGGAUUCGGGGCAGAAUCGACUAUACCUUCGGAGCUGUUCACUAUAAUGAAGGAAAACUCGUUUUUUCUACUGGAACUUAAUUCUUAUAAUGGAGGGCUCAUUAAUAAAUCUUCGAACAAUGCGUCGGAUGGCACUGCCCUUCAGGAGCAGUCCAGCAGCAAUCGGUACAAAGCUAUGGAUUUAAAUGAUUCAUAUGAUUCAAGUUAUUAUCUCGACGAUAAGAACAUCAAUAAUUGGACUGGAGGAGUCAAAAAAGAUUCAAGCCGAAUUCUGUACGACUCAUCAUCGGAGCUUAUGUGGCCCCCACCGGAAAUGCUGUCGUGCCUGGAGACUCUUGGUGCGAAAACCAAUAACGAUUUGACCUACGAUCUGUUGGGAAUGAAUAUGGCUGAUAUGCAUGCUUUUGAUUUCAAGGUUAUCGAGGACGUCUCGAUGGAAGUGACUGAUUCUUACAUAAAAAACCUUCAAACAUCACCUGCCAUUCCUUCGACCAGUAAGUUCCAUCGAAGUUUCUCGAUGGGUCAAGGAUGGAACACACCGCAGAAUAAGCUCAUUAGUGACUACAAUCAGCAGGGAAAAGUUGAAAUUGGAGUGAAAAACGAGGGCACUCCGAACGUUGUGAUGAGGCGCAAAAAGCAGUGCACGUGUACGAGUGGAGACUCGAAUUUACUGAAUUAUCCUUCGAUCAACCUACAGAGGCUUGUACCCGAACACCUUCUGAACAAUAGUUUUUCCAAGGAAUCCACCCCAAACAAUAGAAGUAAGAACAAAGUCAACAGCAAGAUUAAUGAUAAGAACAACAUUCAAACCAAUCCCAGAGCAGCUAUGAUGACAAACGGAAAGCGACCGGAAGACAUUAACUUUUCCGAAUUUCUUGAACUGUAUCAUAAUACAUCACGCGAAAAUAGUGAAAAGGUUAAAAACGCAGACGAAAAAUCGGAUGGAAGUGGUUCGAAUAGUUCUAACUCAGCAUACAAGCUAGAUGUGCAAGCUGGAGCUCUAUCACUACUUAACCGACCCUCGAUGACCUUCAUGCUAGAGAAACACGAUUUGAAAAAACUGCGUCACUCGAUGACGAGGAAUCUAAGAAAAACUGUGUGCAAUAUAUACAGUCUACAAGCUCUGAAUUGGCUGUUACGGUCGGUUACUCAGCCCAUCGGGCUACAUGAUAUCAUGUGGUGGUUUAUAUCCUCUUUGUCGUAUUCCACGCAUGACAAUGAAGACGACCCAAAGCUGGAUGAAGGCGUGCUUGGUCUUGAACAUCCAGGAUCGAGUCAAUUCAAUGGUCCACUAUCUCAAACCUUGUCGCAAAGCCUUCAUUGCUUGUUGCAAACUGUAGCAGAUCUAACAUUGCUACUACCAUCGGGGUCAUCCCUGCAGAAAACUGCCGUCCAAUGUUUCGGUCUGAAGUUCAAACAGUCCGAUCAUCAGUUUCUCCAUCGUUCGCAUGUUUUUGGUAAUAUUUCAAAAAUCCUAUCCAAAUCAGAAGAACAGAACGACGACAAUCUGGUUCCUUCUAUGGCAAUGUUGAACUCUUACUCGAAUGCUGCGGAUGUCUAUCAGGAUGAGCUCAUAAAGAUAAGUUUACUGGGUGAUAUAACGGAGAUAUUCGAUCUCGUUGUUUCGUCUAGACCUGCUCUGGCAAAUUCCCUCAUCGAUAACUCGACGGAAACGUUUUGGGAAAGUGACGAAGAAGAUCGUAAUAAGCCCAAAAUAAUCGAGCUCACCAUGAAUCGGACAAAUUAUCAGUGCAAAGUUAUUUGCAUACAUAUCGACAACAGUCGUGAUAUUGGGAGUAAAGUCUCCAGUAUUCUUCUGUACGGGGGAAGUUCGUUCGGUGAAACAUCUUUACAGAAAACAAUCGAUGUCGACCCGUUGACAUGCUGCUGGAUAUCUGCUCCGGUUUCCGACGACGAAUGUUCGCAUUAUCGGUUGGAGUUUCGCGGUCCGGAAGCAACACUCCGUGUGCGGCAAAUCAAGCUGCUUGGAUACACUGCGGAGGAUAAAGCUGCCCAGUUUAAGCAACAUUUGAAAUCCACAAGUGCAAAUUACAUCCAGCAGAAGAAUUGCGAGACGGAAACGUUGAGGGUGUUCCGAUUACUCACAGGACAGGUGUUUGGCAAACUGAUACUCGAAAGCGGUAAGCACUUCAGCUACAACGGAGUGAACACGCCUACCUCAUCAAAAAUCAACGAAUCAACGGUCAUUUCCUCAUCCACGGAGUCUUUAGAUUUGCGAGAACACAUGGUCGGAAUCCUGUUCAGCCGUAGCAAACUGAGUCAUCUGCAGAAGCAGAUCAUUGUCCAUAUUGUACAUGCCAUUCAGAAGGAAGCCCUACGCUCUCGAGAAGAGUGGGAGCAUAAUGUCAUGUUCAGUGCAGAUAAUGAGACGGACUUUGAAGAAAAUCUCAAAUUAAAUGACACCUAUUGCUUUGAAAUGUUGAGCAUGGUGCUGGCUCUGUCCGGGAGUGCCGUCGGACGUUCUUAUUUAUCUCAUCAGCAUGGUUUGCUGAAGGAUCUCUUUUCGCUGUUACACACCGGAAGCGAUCGUGUCCAGCGUCAGGUUACUGCUUUGAUCCGACGUAUUCUACCCGAAAUCUCUCCGGAAACAUUGUGCGAGUUACUUAGUGUCGAUAAGGUUCCAGAGACAGACUUCAAUCUACUCAGUCAAAAUAACGAGACGUUUAACAUGAAUAAAUGCGGUAUUCUCGAUAUCUUUCUAGCGGUUAUCGCCAAGGCUCUUCAGGUGCAGAUAAAGGUCAAGAACAAUUCCAAUAAAAAUCCACCCACAAUGAAGCUGUGGCGCUACAUGAACAUUUGCAAAAUAGACGAGUACGAUAAGUCUACGCUGAACAAGCUUUCGAUGACCAAUUCCCAGAUUAGCAACGUGGAUCCUGAUCGUCCGAUGACGCUCACUACAAGGGACAGUCCAGCAGCGGAACAGUACGACUUUGAAGUUUCUUCCUCGGAAUUUCUUGACGAAAAGACGACCGAUGAAAAUUCAGUCGAUUUCGAUGCCAUGUCCAAAUCCAAGCCGGGUAUACGAGUCGAAGCCGCUAUCAAGCCUCGCUGGUUCCUGAACGGAACCAUUUCAUCCAAACAGGCGGAAAAUAUAAUGAUUUUGAUUCGUGACAUGGCUCAUGGUAAAUUGUCGGAAAAGUGGUCUCUGAUUACGAAGGCUGCUAUCGCAGAAUGUAUCCUGAAUAUUACGCGACUGUCCGAUGUGUAUCGUGUUCCGGAGACUUGCAUGACAACCCCAACGCUAUGGCUGGCGUUGGCUAGCUUGUGUGUACUAGAUCGCGAUCAUGUGGAAAAGUUGUCAUCCAGUCAAUGGUCGAAACAGUCAGAAUCGCGACCGCUUUGCUCCAACCAUGACGAUGAUGUUACGUAUGCCAUGAUUAUCUGCAGCCUUUGCGGAUCCCUGUGCUCGGACUGCGAUCGUUUCUUGCAUUUAAACAGGAAAACCAGAAACCAUUACCGCACGGUAUGCAAGGAGGAAGAAGAAGCCAUCCGUGUAGAACUGCACGAAAGUUGUGGUCGAGCCAAGCUGUUCUGGCUGCUGGCCCUUGUGGACUCGAAGACGCUAAAGGGAAUGCUCGAGUUCCGCAACGGUAACAAUACACUCGUGUGUGAUCCACCGAAUGCAAUCGGGAUGUGCCGCUUCUGUAGCGUAACUGGCAGCACCGGACUGUUGGCGGUUGGAAACGUGUGCGUGGAUCAGCAAUGUCAGGAGUACGCGGCAAAUGCGUGCACCAAAGUACACCACUGUGGUCAUUUAUGUGGCGGUAUUGUCAACGAAGAGAAAUGUCUGCCAUGUUUACAGCAAAAGUGUCUGACGUCAGAGAACAAAGAUAGCGGAAAAGAGCCCAAACUUACACAGGAUGCGGAUGAUAUGUGUAUGAUCUGUUUCACCGAGGCCCUUUCGUCGGCUCCAUCAAUCCAGCUAGAUUGUGGACAUGUGUUCCACUUUCACUGUUGCAAAGCCGUACUGACGAGGCGGUGGAAUGGUCCAAGGAUAAGCUUCGGUUUUUCGCAAUGUCCUAUUUGUAAGAUGGAUAUUCAACAUUCUGCUCUGGGAGACACUUUGGAAUCGAUCGUAUCGCUGAAGGCUGACGUCAAACGGAAGGCUCUCAUGAGACUGGAAUACGAAGGGUUGGCAAAGAACUUGGACAGUAAGGAUUUGGCUGCCUAUGCCAUGGAACGAUAUGCGUACUACGUUUGUAGCCAGUGUGAGAAGGCGUAUUAUGGAGGAGAAGCACGCUGUGACGCCGAACUCGGAGAAAACUACAAUCCCCAAGAGCUUGUCUGUGGUGGUUGCAGUGAUGUUGUUAAAGCUAAGAUGUGCCCGAAGCAUGGAACAGAUUUCCUUGAAUACAAGUGCCGCUACUGCUGCUCGGUGGCAGUCUUCUUCUGCUUCGGAACGACACACUUUUGCGAUACGUGUCACGAUGAUUUCCAACGAUUAACCAAUAUACCCAAGAAUAAGCUGCCCAAAUGUCCAGCUGGUCCGAAGGCAAAACAAUUGAUCGGCGAAGAAUGUCCACUGCACGUAAUUCAUCCAGCUACGGGGGAAGAGUUUGCACUUGGCUGUGGCAUCUGCCGUAAUGCUCACACAUUCUGAGAGCUUUAAUUAGUACUGAUCCAA